AUGGGGAUCCCACGGCUCCUGCACAACCUGGAGCCGUAUGCCACGCCCGUCGUGCUUGGCGCACCCGCGAAGCCAGCGCAGCAAGCAAAAGAGCAAGGGAAACCGGCCAAACGCGUCGUCAUCGACGGCCCCGGGCUGGCAUACCAUGCCUACCACCGCGCCGUGGGCCGGCGGCAGCGCGCGCGCAACGCCCUGGAAGCCAUGCCGCCGUACGCCGAAGUGUGCGACGUAGCGCUCGAGUUUGUCGACGCGCUGGAAGCCGCCGGGCUUGAGAUAGCGGCCAUCUUCUUCGACGGGCUCCUCCCCGCCGCGAAGCGCGACACGCGCCUCAAGCGCCUCGACGCCUACCUCAAGCAGCUGAUUGAGUUUCACGGCUCGCACAGCGCGGGCUCGGCCGUCGCGCCGCAGCGCGUGAGCGCCGAGGACGACAUCUUCGCCGCGCGCCCGCUGUCGGUGAAGAUGCGCGCGCUGCCCGCGCUGCCAUUCCUGGUGCCCGCCGUCAUCGAGCGCCUGCAGCGCAGCCGGCAUGGCAGCGUCACGCGCGUCGUCGCGGCCGAGGCCGACGCCUUCUGCGCCGCGGCGGUCAAGCGCGAUGGCGGCUGGCUGCUCACGUCCGACUCGGACCUGCUGGUGCAUGAUCUGGGGCCGGCGGGCGCCGUCGUCCUGUUCCGCGACAUCAACCGCAUCCUCUUGCCGGGCCGCGCGCAGCUCAAGGCCGUCGAGUACUGCCCCGCGCGGAUUGCGCAGACGCUGGGCCUGCCGACGCUGGCGCCGCUGGCGUUUGCGCUGCUGCAGGACCCGUUCCGCUCGGUGAAGGAGUGCGUGCGUGUGGCCAAGGGGCUCGAUGCCGCGAAUCCGUUUUACCAGAAGUUUCUGGAGGAAUACGUCGCCCUGGACACGCUUGUUGCAGAGGCUCCUCCCCAACCCGCGACCGCUCUCCCCUCCCUCCUCGGCUCCCUCGACCCCCGCAUCUCCGAAUACAUCCACCAAGCGCUGCCCUCGCUCUCCCCCUCCCCAACCGACUGCAACAUCUACCUCCCCUUCCUGAUCGACGACCCCACGCGCGCCUCAGCCUGGCGCCCCGCCUCCCCCCUCCGCCACCUCGCCUACUCGCUCCUCGCCCACCUAACCCCCCACCCCGAACCACAAACCAUCCGGGAAUUCGAGCGCCGCGGCCCGCGCGUCGCGAGCGCAGACGUCGAGCUCCUUGAGCCGGCAGAGGCGGCAGAGGCGUGCAGGGCGUUGGUGGCGGCGCUUGCGCGCGGCAGCGACAACGACGACGGCGAUGGCGGCAGAGGACAGGCGACGCGCUGCCUGCCGCGCUGGCGCGCCAUCGCUGCGUUUUGGCUCGCUGAUGCACUGGCUGCGGGCGGCGAGCGCGUGCCCUCGCGCGAGGAGCUGGCGGCGGUGGCGGCGCCACUGCAACGCGGCGUGGGUGCCGGUGCGGGCGGCUGGGCCAGCGUGCAUCGCCGUGCGCAGUGGGAGGGGGUGGCGUAUUCGCUGAGGAUGCUGAGGCAGUGCGUUGGUGUUGUUUUGGCUGUUGCGGGCGAUGGUGGUGUUGGGGGCGGGAAGGAGGAGGAGGAGAUAUGGUCGGGUGUUAGGGCAGUGCAGGAGGCGCUGGCGGGGCUGCCGGGCGUGGUGGACAUGUGGGACGCUGGUGGGGAGGGAGAGGAGGAGGAGCAGCAGCAGCAGCAGAAGGAGCUGGUGAGGGCGUUUCCGAGCGCGGUGCACGAAGCCGCGGAGGCAGAGGCGGCGGCUUUCACGGCGGCGGAGGCGAAGCGCAGGAGGAAGAAGAGGAAGCGCGGGGGUGGUGGUGGUGGUGAUGCUUCUUCUGCGGCAACGAGGCAGCAGAAGGCGGCGCCGUCGAAUAACAUGUACAGCCUGCUCGGCGAGAGCUGA